AUGGCUACACUAAGUGACCUUGAGCGCAUGCUAUCUGAUGAAAGCGAAGGUCCGAAAGCCCUUCCAUUAUCACUUCUAUUUGACAUCACAAAAGGUUUCUCUGAUGAUCUGAAAAUCGGAAGUGGUGGGUUCGCGGUGGUUUAUAAGGGAAUUCUCGGCAAUGGAUUGGUUGCCGUGAAGAGACUGAACAAUUCGUAUAUGAUUGACGAAGAAUUCCUCCAGGAGGUGAAAUGUCUGAUCAAGGUGAAGCACCAAAAUGUAGUAAGAUUUCUUGGAUACUGUGCUGACACACAAGGGGUUGCAGAGACAUACAACGGGAAUUUUGUCAUGGCAGAUGUACAUCAAAGAUUGUUUUGCUUUGAGUAUGUACCUAAUGGUAAUCUUGGUGCUUAUAUCAGCGAGGCGUCUCAUGGACUUGAAUGGAGAAAGCGCUAUCAAAUUAUUAAGGGAAUCUGUGAGGGUUUAAAUUAUCUUCACCAGAAUAAUAUUGUUCAUUCAGAUCUCAAUCCCGCGAAUAUACUACUAGAUAAUAAUAUGGUGCCAAAAAUCGCUGACUUUGGAGUCUCGAGGUGCUUUCGUGAUAACCAAAGUGGCGAUAUUCUUACAAAAGUGGUUGGAACAAUGGGAUAUAUGGCACCAGAAUUUUUUAGUGGAAAAAUCAAGUUGAAAUCAGAUAUAUAUAGUCUUGGUGUUAUAAUCACGGAGAUAGUGACAGGAAAGAGGCAUAGCGAAGAUGAGGAUGUAAUUGAAAUUUGGAGGAAUAGGUUGGAGAGAUCGAAAGAACACUCACAGUUGGAGCAAGUAAAAGUGUGCGUUAAGCUUGGGACAGAGUGCACUGAGUUUAACCCAGGAAAGAGGCCACCUAUACAACUUAUAAUUGACAGGCUUGCUGAAAAAAAAAAGUAUGGACUGGUCCAUCAAAACUGCAGUGAGUUUGACGGUAGAGCAAGGAGAAAAGGCUUCCAAUGA